CUAUGUGGUCUAGGAUUCCACAAGUAUUUUAGUUGCUAACCUGCACACAUCAGAGAGUUUGUAUAAAAGUAAAAAAACCCUAAAUUUAUUUCUGUGAAAAUUAAGAAAUUUUUAUAUAGAUUUUGAUAAAAAAAAAAAAAAAUAAAAAUAGCCCGGUUAUCGUUUGUCCAUAGCGUCAAAAUUCCAAAUUUACUGUUUAUAUAUAAAUUAAACUCAAGAUGAAGCACAUGCGUCGUAAUACCAUUAAUAAUGUCCUCGGACUCGGUCGUAUGGUUAGAUUGAUGAAUGUGCGGUUUGCCUGCGGCGCUGAAAGCUCUGGAGGCGGUGGCAAGGGUCUGGUCCUGGGCAUUUACAUGAAGGAGGGCGACAAGGAGCCCAAGUUCACUGCGUCCGCCGAGAAGAUCAACGAUCGCAUCGGCGGCAAACUGAGACAGUUGGUUUGUGAGACACAGAUCGAUGGGCGUUUGGGACGCGGACGUGUCUUCAAUAAUGUUGAUCCGGACUUUAGCUCUGUGGCUGUUGUGGGCGUGGGAAUUGAGGGAAUUGGAUUCAAUGAACUUGAAAUGCUGGACGAGGGCAUGGAGAAUGUGCGUGUCGCAGCCGGUGUUGGUGCGCGAUCAUUGCAGCUGCAGGGUUGCCACACCGUUUCCGUUGAUGCCAUGGACUAUGCCGAGCAAGCGGCCGAGGGUGCAUCUCUAGGCGUCUGGAGAUUUACAGAUAAUGUGGCCAAGAAGAAUCGUCUCGUCGUUCCCAGAUUGGAAUUGUAUGAUUCAGCUGAUAUGGAUGGCUGGACACGUGGUAUUUUCAAAGCGGAAUCACAGAAUCUGGCCAGGCGUCUCUCGGAUGCUCCAGCCAACUGCAUGACACCCACAAUGUUCGCUCAGGCCACUGUGGAUGCCCUUUGCCCCUGCGGCAUCACCGUCGAGGUGCGCACCAUGGAUUGGAUCGAAAUGCAGCGCAUGCAUGCGUUCCUCAUGAUCGCCAAGGGAAGCUGCGAGCCGCCCGUUCUCCUCGAGAUUAGCUACUGCGGCACUGCGCCCGAGGACAAGCCGAUACUGUUUGUCGGCAAGGGCAUCACCUUCAACUCGGGUGGCAUCAAUCUGCGUCCCUGCGAGGGCAUGGACGAGUACCGUGGCAGCAUGUCUGCUGCUGCAGCCGUCAUCGGGAUGAUGCGUUGCGUUGCGGCCCUUUCGCUACCCAUUAAUGUGACUUGUGUGAUACCGUUGUGCGAGAAUAUGCCAUCGGGCAUGUCGGCGAAGCCGGGCGAUGUCGUCACAUUGCUGAAUGCCAGAUCCAUGGCAAUCCGUGAUGUUGACAAGGCCGGCGUGGUGGUAAUGGCUGAUCCACUGCUCUACGGGCAGACGACAUACAAGCCACGCCUGGUGGUGGAUGUGGCUACCUUGGGCAUCGGAGUGAAGAACGCUUAUGGCGGCGGCGCCUCUGGCAUCUUCUCCAAUUCUCACUACAUCUGGAAGCAAUUCCAGCGUGCUGGAUCCCUCACUGGUGAUCGUGUAUGGCGCAUGCCACUGUGGCAGUACUAUAAGAAGCAGGUCACCGACGAGACCGGCUACGAUCUGAGCAACGAUGGACGUGGUGAGGCCAGCUCCUGCCUAGCUGCCGCCAUUCUCCACGAGCUGGUGCCCUGCGCGGAUUGGGCUCACAUUGAUACUCGUGGCACUGGCCUACUGACAACCUACGGAAUUGUGCCGUAUCUGACCACAGGUUACAUGACUGGACGUCCCACUCGCACCUUGGUGCAAUUCGUUUACCAGAUGGCAUGCCCCGAAGUCAAGUAAGAAUUUGAGUGUUGUAUUGUUUUUUUUUUCGCUGUUACAGAAAUGAUGUACAUAAAAAAAUAUACGCAUAGACGUUCUUGACAUUUAA